UUAAAUUUUUUUUUUUGUUUUAUUUAAAGGACAGAUGUUAAUCCAUUGGUUUUGUUCGGCCUUUCCUGAAGACCAUUAUCUUCGUUACUUAUUGACAAAACAGGAUCUUAAAAUUCUAGCCGCACAAUUCUCUACUCAUUUGCUUGCCGCCGGCGUUCUUCGCCAAAUUGAAGAUGAAAAUGCUCCGCUGGAGAUAGUUUUUCGACCUGAUUUAAUGUACUAUUGGACACAUUCAGAAGUACCAACAUCUGCAGCACCGAUACCUGGAAAAUUAUCACCUUCGCUGUGGCCGCCGCCUAAUUCAGAAGUUGGUGAACAGAAAGGAUUGUGUUAUUCAGAAGCUG